AUGCCUUACACGGUCCGAGAGAACCUUUCGAUCGGAAACAUCGGCGAUGCGGCGGAGAUUCUCCAAAAAGAUACCGCUCACAGCGUCACGCACAUUCUGUCCGUCCUCAGCUCUGCCUCCAUCUCCUUCUUCUCCGAAUGGCGUCCCAAUCUCUCCAUCCAGGCCAAGGAAAUCACCAAAGUUCACGUGGCGGACUCCGCCGCCGGCUCCUACAAACCGGCGCUCUUGCCGCACAAGCUCCUCUACUCGCUCGAGUACGCCGGCCGCGACCUGAAGCUCGUGAGGAUGGCCGUGCCUCUCCGAGACACCGAGAACGAGAACUUGUUGGAUUACCUGGAAGUUUGCAUCGAUUUCAUUGAGCGCGGACGGAAGGAAGGUUCCGUUCUCGUCCACUGUUUUGCCGGAGUUUCCAGAAGUGCGGCGGUUAUUACGGCUUAUUUGAUGAGAACCGAACGUCUAUCUGUAGAAGAUGCUCUUGAAUCGUUGAGGCAGAGCUGUGAAAAUGUUUGUCCCAAUGAUGGUUUUCUAGAGCAGUUGAAACUGUUUGAGGGGAUGGGUUUCAAGGUUGAUCACUCCAGCCCUAUAUACAAGCGCUUUCGUCUAAAAAUGCUACGUGAAAGUCUUUUAUCAGGGUUGACGAUAGACAGUUCUAAACUAGGUGCAGAUCCUGGCAUGCUUGUUGAAAUUUCUUCUGGGGCAGAAGAAACUACAAAAGUCGAAAAUAAUCGUAGACCUACAUAUCGCUGUAGGAAGUGCCGACGAGUUGUUGCAUUGCAUGAACAUGUCAUAGAUCAUGUUCCUGGUGAGGGUGAGACAGCCUUUGCGUGGAACAAACGAAGAGGUGGCAACCCUUUCAACAAAUCUAAUGAAUCUGAGUGUUCAUCCAUAUUUAUUGAGCCUCUACGGUGGAUGAAAGCUGUUGAGGAAGGUGCAUUGGAGGGAAAGCUGUCCUGUGCUCAUUGUGAUGCCCGUUUGGGAUACUUCACUUGGGCAGGCAUACAAUGCAGCUGCGGAAGCUGGAUAACCCCAGCUUUUCAACUCCACAAAAGCCGGAUAGACAUAAGCCCCAUGUAA